CUUAUAUACAUUUCGGGUCAAAGGCCAUCCCCAAAGUCUUGUGCUGAUUAUUUUAUAUCUCAAGCAGGUAGCUUCUAAAAUGGCAGCUCUAGUUCGUGGAUUGAGAAGACUGGCUGUUAUGCCAUCACUCAGAGCAACUGUAGUUGCCUCAUAUUCGGCUAAUCCUACUGAGGGAACCAUUCCUACCGAUUAUGAUCAAGCCACUGGCAUUGAAAAAAAAGAAAUUGACGCCAGAGUUGCUGGCCAUGAGGAUCCAUUCUCAAUGAAAGUGCACAGUAUCCCUUGGGGAACCAAAAUUCAGCCGACUAUAGUACCUUCUAUGUGUAAUGAAAGGCUUGUUGGCUGUAUCUGUCAGGAGGAAGCUACAAAUGUGGAAUGGCUGCAAUUGAAGAGUGGUCCCCCUCAGCGAUGCGAGUGUGGGCACUGGUUCCAGCUGAUCCAAGGCAAUCCCACCAAGAUCCAGUAUUAGCUUAAGACCACAGACUUCCUGUGUUAUAUAAUUAUUAUUACGUUAUGUCUUAGUGUGGUGAAUAUAUAACACAAGUAUAAUUGUUUUGUUGUUAGAAUCUUUGUAUUUAGAUAUAGGCAGUAGCCCCCAUCUAUGCUUGUAACAAUUUA